AUGGCUGGCAUAUCUAUGCUUCAGAACCGAUACACAAACUUCUCCACGAGAACGAGUGAAGAGUUCAAUACUGCGAGCAGAAAUGUGAAACCUGGUCUCAUUGCUGCUGGUAUAGUCUCAGCAUGGACCUGGGCUGCGACCCUUCUUCAGAGCAGCACGGUCGCUUAUACUUAUGGUGUUGCGGGACCAUUCUGGUAUGCUGCUGGAGCCACCGUUCAGAUCCUGAUGUUUUCCAUCCUAGCCUGCAAGACCAAGAUGAACGCUCCUCGAUGCCACACAUACUUGGAAAUCAUCCAAGUCCGCUAUGGCACCGUGGCGCACCUUGUAUUCAUCUUCUUCGCUCUCGUCACAAACAUCCUGGUCGGGUCUCAGCUCCUGUUGGGCGGCUCAGCCGUUGUUACCAGCCUUACUGGCAUGAAUGUCUACGCGGCCAUCUUCUUGAUUCCUCUGAGCGUGGUUGCAUACGUUCUCACAGGCGGCCUACGAGCCACAUUCCUCUGCGACUACUCGCAUACGCUUAUCCUCAUGGUAAUCAUUCUCUACUUCAUGUUCCAGGUCUAUUGCACGGACGACCUCAUCGGCUCUCCAUCACGCAUGUUUGAGCUGCUGAAGAAAGCGGCUAAUCUACGACCUGUGGCUGGCAACCAGGACGGCAGCUACCUGACUUUGAAGUCCAACAACGCCUUGAUCUUCGGUGUCAUUCAGCUCUGUUCCGGGAGCGGCACCGUAUUCUUGGACCAGGCAUAUUGGCAGAGAGCCAUUGCGUCUCGUCCUACCACCGCGGUCCGGGCAUACAUCUUGGGGGGCCUGGCAUGGUUCGCUAUUCCCUUCGGCUUCGCCACGACACUGGGAUUGGCCUCAGUCGCACUGACAGACAACCCUGCCUACCCGACAUACCCACACGCGCCUUCGUCGAGUCAGAUCUCCGCGGGCCUCGCAUCCGCAUUUGCAGCGAGCACCCUGCUGGGCAAAGGCGGUGCCGUAGCCUUGCUGAUCACGCUCUUCAUGGCGGUGACAUCCUGCGCAUCUGCGGAAUUGAUCGCCGUCUCCUCAAUCCUUACCUUCGACAUCUACAAGACGUACAUCAAGCCCAAUGCCACGCCCAGCAAUUUGAUCUUCAUGGCACACGUUAACGUCGCCGUGUUCGGCUUGACCAUGGCCAUCUUCGCCAUCAUCUGGAACGUCAUCGGUAUCGAUCUGGGCUGGCUGUUCCUGGUUAUGGGUCUCCUGAUCGGCGGCGCCGUAUUCCCCGUCGCGUUCGCCAUCACGUGGAAAGGGCAGAGUAGAGCCGGUGCCAUAGCUGGGGCUUUGAGCGGUCUUGUCGCUGGCCUCACCGCCUGGCUCGUUGAGGCAAAGGUCUACUACGGGGAGCUUACCCUGACAACUACGGGAUCAAACUAUGCUACCCUGGCUGGCAAUCUGGCCGCCAUCAUGACCGGUCUCAUCGUCUCGGUUGUGGUCUCUUUGCUCAAGCCUGACGACUAUGACUGGAGCACGACGCGGGCCAUAAACGCAGCGAGCAUCCAUGCUGCUCUGGAAGGAACCACUCCUCCAGCAGCGGAUUCUUCCCGGUCAAGCACCACACAGCAUAGCAGCGGCGCAAAGACAAAGGACAUCAAGUCCGUCAGCGAAUCGCCGUCCCCAGCACCGAUCUCGCCCACUCUCGCACCCACAUUGGCAGCAGCCGACGAAAAACACAUCGCGGAACGCGAAGCAGACCCAAUCCGCGCCGAUGAAGAGCGCCAGAUGUCCCUGGACGCGGCCAUCGAAGAACACCCUUCGCGGCUACGCUCGGCUUUCAAACUCGCCUGCAUCGCUUCGUUCGUCUUGCCCUUCAUCAUGGACUUCUUGAUCCCCAUCCCCAUGUUCCUGAGCCACUACGUCUUCUCGGUCGGGUUUUUCACUGCCUGGGUCGUCAUCAGCUUCAUCUGGGUCUUCAGCUCCGCCUUCAUCAGCGUCGUCUUGCCCAUUUGGGAGACGAGGAAGUUCUUUGUCAUGUUGUUCACGGAGGUCAUUGGGGAUAUGAGGCGAGGAAAGAGGUCUGCAUAA